UCACUCACCACCAAGGGUUCUUCACAAGUGUUUCCUCCUUGACACACGGCACCACCGAGGGCCUGGCGCGGGAGGGGCGAGGCGCACACCAUUGUACAGCAGGGGACCAGCAAUCCACUGGGCCUACUCACGAUAAUUGAGUUCUACGUCUCUUAUUUGCGCUUCUUGGAUCGUGACGUCAUCAGUUCACCAUGAGGUUCCGUUUCUGCUGGGACGUGGACUGCCCUGAUUGGCUGCUGGCCGAAAUAGCCACGCUCUCCAAACUGUCAUCGGUCAAACUUCGACUUCUCGCAGGAUCUGUGACCAAGAGCAUAUACGAAGCGUCUCUUAAUUAUGAUGUGGUAACUAAACUUGCCAACGAUGCGAAAUGGAGCGAGGACGGGGCGCAGGCGGCGGUGGCGGCAGUGCGGUGGGUGUUGAAGAGCGCCGCAGGAGCCGCCGUGACGCCUUCCGUGUUAGACUCUGAGCUCCAGCAACUCGGCCUUCCCAAAGAGCACGCUGCCGCCCUCACCCGAGUGUACGGCGACCACCUGCCGCGCCUCACUCAGCACCUGCACCAGACAAGCCUCAAGGAGGGUGGGGAGGUGCAGUGGCAGUGCCGGGUGGCGGGUGUGGGUGUGGGUGCAGACAUGGAGCCAGUGGUGGAGCUUGGGCUGGAACAAGAAGGAUGCUCCACCAAGGUUGUCCUCACUCCUACACAGCUUCAUGCUCUUGUUCAUGAGCUGAAUGAGGCACGGCAACUCAUGGAUGCUGUACACUAGUGAUUCACCAGUGGCAGCAUUGACUUGGCAGCAGCAGCAGCACCAACAGCAGUACAGCCUGUGAGAGGGACAGUUUAUUGAUAGUAACUCAUCACCAAAAGCUAGUCCUGAGUCCCCAGUGAUGGCACUCCAAUAUUGUCCCAUAUUCAUCCUGAGAAAUAAGUAUCCUCAACCUUCCCUCCAUUGCUGAGAUGCUUAUAGCUGACCGACUGUAGGCUGACUGCAUGCAUUCCUAAUUAUUCAUGUGAUUGAAGAAGAUGUCUUACUUUUUGUUUGCUGGUAAUGGCUAAUUCACACUCCUCAUUUAGUAUGUUCAUCUUGAGAAAGAAAGAGAGAGAGAGAGAGAGAGAGAGAGAAUGUGCAUCAUCAUUGAUAUCACUCUACCAAUGGAAAAAUCAAUCAGAGCUGGAACUAUCCCUCCAUGAGACAUGAGUGCUGUUGCCGUUAUUUAUGUUGUGACGCCAGCACGUUCAUCUCAAAGGAGUAUAUUUAGCAGAUCUAAUUAAUUUUUGCAUUGAUAAAGGAAAGUUGCUGAUGACAACAGACAUUAAAUAACUUUUCAUUUCCCACUUCUGUCCUUAUGAUUUAAAUGGAAAAGAAAUUACUUUCAGAAUUAAGUUAUCAGCCCAAAGGUAAUAACGUUAUCAACAAAGAAGAGUUCAUAAUGACUUAUUGUUUCUUUCCUGUGAUUUGAAACAGAGUUGAUUAAUCUACCCAAAUAGUGAAAUAGCUCAGACAGGACCAUCUUGUGUGUGUUGCAUCAGGUGUGUUGCUGUGGUGGUCAAAGGUUCAUGCCAUUUCUUGACAGCUUCCAUCAGUGAAUACAGGGAACUAUUGUUGAGAUUUCAUGUUGCCUUUGUGUCCCAUUCUAUAUAAUUCAUGUUUAUUUAUAAGGAUUCUAUUAAAACUAAAAUUAUUAUAUGUUAUCUUAUGUCACCUUAUAAGUCCCAUAAUGCAUAGAGAGACUUUACUAGUGGCUGUUGUGGUAGUGGCUAGUCCCUUCACAAAAUGCAAUUUGUUUGCCCUCUACCAGAUCAUAUUUCAUAGUUAUUCUAUUGUUCUUAUUUAAGGGUGAUGUUCGUUUUUCAUUGUUCUUACUCUCUAGGCCCUGUUGAUUAAUGACAGGUAGAACACUGAGGUGCUUCUUAGAAGACACUUAAGCUGUGAACAAGUGAUGACUGGCACUGACAGCCCAAUCCAGAGUAAUCCAAUUGUAAGGAACACUUGAGCUGCCUAAAUUUCAGGAAUAAUGACAUGACUUAAUUAUCUGUUCAGUAUUUACUCUAAUAUGUAGUCAGUUCUGAGGUCUGCUGUGGAUGGUGGCAUCUCCAGAACACUUCUACCAGCAUUCUGUUCAUAGUGAGCCUGGAUGUGAGUAGCCAUGGUUUGACAACAAUUAGUGGGAGAAUUACUGACUUUGGAUUUUAAACAUAGAGUUGAUAAUGUAACCAUAACUUAUUUUUUUUGUCAUCGGGGAUCAACAUUGUCACUAAUGUCUCUCAGCAUGCUUCCCAGUUGCCCUUUUGUGAAGUGGUUGGUUGCUGCCUUGUGGAAUCCUUUAGCAACACAUGACAUAUGAUGAGUACUGAUUGACUGAUAAGGAAAUGUUGAUGUAAGAAUGUAGUGACCACAAUGCCCACCGUGAGAUGUACCACACUGUGGCACUACAUCUUAGCAUCAUCAGCCACAGAGAGGUCAGAGAAGGGCAUCUGAGAAAGGAAAAUUUUUACUGCAGACAAGUGUUUAUGAGACUCAGAAUUUUGGAAGCCACACAACACCAUAAGAGAAAUGUGAAAUAGUAAGAAUGAUUUAAUAAUGAUGAAUGAUUGAUUGAUUCAUUAUGUUUUUUUUUUUGUGUCAAUAAAUGCCUCAAGUCUCCCACAGGAUCCUCCAGCUAGCAGACAUAAUAACAGCAGCCGCAGCUCCUCCAAGGUCAUCCAAGCAGCAAUCCUUCACCUGUCUUGACUGAAUCAUCAACUAGUACCACCUCAUCUAUUAUCAUCAUUUUGUGAGAUGGAUUCCACACUUACAUGGAUCAGUCUCUAUUAGCUAAAAGGUGGAUGAUCAAGCCACACAAUCUGGUGUAGCUUGUCUGUUGGUUCCUUUGUGAUCUAGAUCACCAUCCUAGAUCUCAAACCAUAUCAUUUGUAGUACAUCCAGAAGAGACACAAGUCAGCCACUCUUUUCUUUUUCCUCUACUUGUACAUACAUAGUCAAAACAAUGCAAUCUACCCAUUUCCACUGCUUCACUGUUCUUCCCAAUCCCAAGUCUGCUUUAAAAUUCCUUAUUUGAUUCAUUGUCUUUAACAUUAUAUUUACUGCACAUCCACCUCACUUUUCAGUUGUUCAUGUUUCUAUGGACUGGGAAGGUGUAUCACUUGGUCCCUUUUUUUCUUUUGCUUUUAGACCUACUAAUGAACCAGUUCAGAAAGUUUGUGGAAGUGCUGAAUAAUCCACCCCUAUUGUUCCAGUCCUUUAUUUGCUUACUAUCACUGUGGUACUAUGACAUAUUAAAAAAUACAACAAAUUAAUCAGAAUGGAAAAGCACUAAGUUUCUAAUAAACUUUCAUCUACAGCUAACUCAGUGAUCUGACCUGGAUGCAAGGAUCUUGAGUGCAAUAUUACCAUUGCUUAAUUGAAAUAUACACCACCAAUAGCUACUUAGUUUUUGCUCCUGCAAUGAAACUACUGCACCAUGUAGUUUAACAAUAAUGGUUACAUUAAUUGACAUUCAACCAAGAAGUCCUAGAUUCAAUCUUUGAACAAGGCAAGACAGAUGGACAGUCUUUUCAUACACUUGCCUCUGUUACCCAGCAGUCCUUAGCUACCAUGUACAGUAAAACCUCAGCUCACGACCAUAAUUCGUUCCUAAAUCUUGUUCGUCACCUGAUUUGUUCGUCCCAUGAAUCAAUUUUUCCCAUAAGAAUGUAUUGAAAUACCAUUAAUCCGUUCCAGA